AUGACAAUUUAUUCAUUUCAUAAUUUUUAUAGAAUUUCUAUAGUCACAAAAUGUUUUGUGGAAUAUAACAAAUAAAUUUGUUAAUUUUUUUAUAAAAUAUAUAUAGGAUACUUAAAACGUACGAAAAGCUGAUAUAUCUGUUCACGUUCCUGGACGAAACCACGAUGCUAAAUCAAGGAUCGUUAAUCCAAUAUCCAGCCCGCCGCCCGAAGAGAUCCACCCAGCGUCUCUUAGUCCAGCAGCACCUGCGCCAUCAGCAGCAGCUGGAGAUGAUCUACAACCAGGACUUGCUGCCGUGGUGGUUCGACCACCGCGUCCAUCUUCCCUGGCGGCGCCGCUCAGGAGUACGAAGACCCGCUAUGACCACUGAGCAGUACCAGAUGCGCAACGCCCACAGCCACGUCUACGAGGUGGUGGAGCCCAACAUCAGGAAUGUGCUUCCGGUGGUGAAUCCCCCACGGAUCGUGUGUCUCCGACGACGCAGCGUCCACACUCUGACCCGCUUGGGAGUGGCCGAGCAUGUGACCCAGCCACUGUUCUAUUUGGCCCUGGAGGAACUAAAGGAACAGCGCCUGCUGCACGGCCAGUGGGAUGGCAUAGAAAGUACCUCGCAGUUCAUGGCCGAGUAUAUGGCGAAGAACAUGACCCUCGGGCUCUUCAACGCCGGGAACCGACCGCGCUACGGUCCUUCAUCCUUCCCCGAUGCUUACGCCGAGGAUCCGCAAUGAUCCCAUGACCCCAUGAUCUCAUGACCACAAUUUCCGCGUUACCUGCAACCAAUUUCAAAUCUAAUAACUAAAUCAUGUAUACCCGAAUAUCCUUUAUUAAAAUUAGUUGUAUUCACUGUGUAUCCCUUAA